CUGGUCCAAAAGGGUCCGGCCCGUGUCGUUAGACCGGACUGAGUAUGACUUUGCCAGAACGAGUAACGAUCAACUUGAACUCGAACAACCUUUACUAAGCAGAAUGUGAGAAGGGAGCAACAAGGCAAAGCAAUCAAACCCUUCUAGUACUAGCAGCACCAGGCGCAUCAACAGCAUUUUCAGCAGGAUCCAUUGAUCUCCUCUCCAUGAACUCAGAAUUCUCCUUCCAAACCUCCCCAUUCGAGUAAACCUCCUUCUUCCAUAUCGGAACGGUCGCCUUUAGCUCAUCUAUCAUGAACUUGCAAGCAUCCAGCGCGUCGCCACGAUGAACAGCUGACACGGCAAUGAACACGCUGGUUUCCCCUACCGGAACCGCCCCCAGGCGGUGUGCCACAGCAAUGGCGUGGAUCUUCCAGGUAGCCCUGGCCGAGGAACAGAUGGACUGGAUUUGGCGUACUGCCAUUGGCACGUACGCCUCGUACCGCAGCUCCACCACUGUCUUGCCGUCAAAGGUGUCACGCGUUGUCCCUGAGAAUGUUGUGAUUGCUCCUGCCUGUGGAGCGCUGACGAAGUUGGUGUAUCUGGCAAUGUCGACUGACACGUUUUCGUCCAGAAUUUCGAUGAGGUUCUUGUCUUCGUUGUUGUGCAUUUUUGCUUUCUUCAAGUUGGAAUAGAGAUAGCUCUCUGGCAGGUUUAACACAGAGAACACUCAGUAGUCAGAAGAUGUGUGGAGAAGCAAAACGGGAUAAACCAUGUUAACAAUGUCUGCACAUGAUGAUUAUGGAG